AUGUCAGGUAAAUAUACUACUCACUACGACCCGCAGACUGCAUUAGGAACCGAAAGGCUCAACAACUCGACGGCAUUUCCAUCUAGUUGGCUUCAGAGCAACGAUGAUGCUGAAGGCGCCCCGAUUCAGCCGACAGUUUGGAGUGUCUAUAUGCGGAAAGGACAUAAUUACGACGAUGACCUAGUAAAGGAUGCGAAUAAUACGGUGGAUGUACUUCUCAUUUUCGCCGGUCUCUUCUCAGCAGUGCUCUCUGCAUUCAUUCAAAUAACGUAUCCGAAGCUGCAGCCCGAUCAGGGGGAGAUCUUGCUCGCCAUCCUGCAGGAGACUCGUCGACCUGGGAGUACAAGUCAGGAGAAGUUCAGGAUACCGGCAUAUGUGGUCAGUGUCAACUGCUUUCUGUUCGCCGGUCUCUUCAUCAGCAUAUUUGUUGCACUACUGGGCAUCCUGGUCAAACAAUGGACCCGAAGCUAUCAACGCAACCUCAAAGCUGUGUCCUCUACACAACUUCGUGCACGCAUCCGCCAUUACAGAUAUAAGGGGAUCAAGAAGUGGAAGUUGUCGGGGUUUGUCGCCUUCCUCUCGAUCUGUAUGCAUCUCGCCCUAUUCGUGUCCGCGGUCGGAAUACUCCAACUGCUAUUCGCGACUGCUCCAGCGGCUGGAAUUGUCGCACUCGUAGUCUUUGGGAUCGGCACUAUCAUUUUCUUUGUCACCAGUUUCAUCCCCCUUUUCCAACCAGAGGCUCCCUUCCAAUCGCCUCUGUCGAAGGGUCUGAUCUGGGUUUCUACCUGGGUAGGGCGCAAGGUUACCUGGAUUGGGCAGAAGAUAUAUGUCCCCUCCCAUCUGCGGGGUGGCAAGGAGAGUGGUGUCGAGGGAGAUAAGGAGGGCAAUGUGAAGGGAGACAAAGAGAGCAGUUCGGACGCAGGUCUGGAGGAUGAUCUUGGACAUUCUCCCAAGGAAGCGACAAAGGAGAUCAGUCGCGUGCGCAAGCGGCUCGAGCUUGACCUCGAUAUCAUCGCUUCUCUGAUAAAGCGAGCGGACAAGUCAACCGAGAGGGCGAUCCUCGACUUGUGUUUUGAACAUCUUCCGAAUCUCGUUACACUGGAGCGCAAACACCCCCAUAUCAUCCUCGAAAAGGAAAUCAUUACCGAGGUUUAUAUCUUUCUUGCAAAGGUAUUUGGUGUGAAAGCAGUCGACGAGACCCGCCGCAAAAGGGCAGUAUUACUUUGCGAGUUCCUGCGAUGGUUCCUUUCCAUUGAAGGGUGCUCAGAUCAGCGUUAUGCUAUCAAAGACCGGCUCAACAAGGACAGCUUCGACCCAAAAGAGCUUCCGACUGCUCUAGCAAAGUAUAGUGAUCCCAACCCAACUGGCCAAGUAAAGGAGAGCGAUACCAAAAACGUCGUUAUAGCGUACUCCGCACUUGGUCGUAUCGAUCACUUGUCCGAGCAGCAACGUGACGACCAGGGGUGCGCUCAUUGCGAGAAGAGCCUAGCGAGUAUCCAAGACAAGAACCAGGAUCGCAACGCGAGGAUGGAAAACAUUAGCAAGUUUAUUAUCGGAUUCUCCGACUGCCUCCUUGUUUGUGACCGUAAUAAGACGCAACCACGUGAAGCGCAGUGUGAAACGGCACUAGGUGCACUGAAAUCUGUCCUGGAGCCUCCUGAUUUACCCAAGAAUGCAGUCAACGACUUUGUCCCAUGGGAUAAGGAGAAAGCCGUGUGGAAAUCUGCCCUCGAGCAGAAAAAGAAUGGGACUGGAGAACUGCCAAGGAUAUGGUUCAACCCCGCAAUCGACUUCAUCAACACGGUCAAGAGCAAUCCGACGCCUAGGGAUCCCACGCGACAGGCUAGUUCCCAAAGUAUUGCCAGUGCGUUGGGAAUUCGCAAGCCAAGUCGAAGUCCAGGCCGCGGACGACCGACUGGAGGCACUCCCGAUUUGCGUGCCGAUACAAGUACCGCGACACAUCUUGUAAUUCCGAGACCAGACCAAAGGCCAUAA